AUGCGCCGGUACACGUUACUGACGACCCUGGCCCUGCUGGGCUCAGACCUUGGGAGUUGUCACAGCAAAGAGACGUCGCCGAUAGACUAUGUCAAUUUGCGAAUAGGAACUACCGGGAGGACACCUAAUACCUCAGGUGGAAUGAUACCCUCGGUGUCUCCACCCUUUGGAAUGACGCGCUGGGUAGCCCAGAACCAAGUCUCGUAUGUUUCGGCGACGCCGUAUAAUACCUCAUGGGCUCUAGAGGGGAACGAAGAGGCACCACGCAGAAUCCACGGUUUCAUGGCCACCCGACAACCUGCAAUCUGGAUGGGCGAGAGCGGGAGUAUCGCUCUUGUCCCUGGUUUCUCGACUUCAUCGGAUAGUGCUAGUGGACUCCCUGACCCGGGGGAGAUUAAAGUGGACUUUGAGGCACGGGGGUUGGCUGUGGCGAAGGACGACCAUGGACGAUUCGAGGAGGAUAUAACGCCUUCUGCGUAUACCGUCAGGCUUCAUGGUUCGUACGAAACAGAGCCUGGAGAUGGGGAUGGGGAGACCGUGUUGUGCAAAAUGACGGCUACUUCCCGCGUCGGGCACCUCUCAUUCGACUACACAACCGGCAACCCCAAAAAUCGACACAGGUACAUCCUCCUCGAAGUAGCCAGACCUUCCAUCAUGACCUCCACACCAACGAACAUCUCCUACCCCCCAGGCUACGUCAACAUCACCCCCAACGAGGACACGUUCAGGAUUUGCGGCUACUCAACCGAACGCCAGGAUAGCAUCAUCACGCCUGUUUCGGGACAGAAAGCAGCAGAGGGCUUCAAAGGGUACUUCUGCGCGGAAUUCGAGUUUGUGACAGACAGUGACAGUGGACGGACGGCGGGGGGAAGUGGAGACUCCGAGGGGGAGGGGUUGGAGCUGGUGUAUGGAGUGAUUCGGAAUGGGACGGUGUAUACGGGCAAGAGGGAGAUGGAAGGCCCUCUGUUGAGCGCGUUCGUCUUCCUCCCGAAGGAGGUUACGCGGGUGGACGUGAGGGUUGGCACGUCGUUUAUCUCGAUUGAGCAGGCGAGGGAGAAUUUGGGGGAGGUGCCUGCAGGAUCACCCUUGUCCACCACCGCAGACCGCGUCCACAACGAAUGGGCCAACAUCAUGGAGAAGCGGGUCCAAAUGAAAGUCGGAGGCCUGGAGGACGAAGAAGCGCAGGUGUUGCGAGAGGUGUUCUGGACGGGUGUUGCACGAACACUUCAGUACCCGUAUGAGCAGCACGAAGGCAAUCGAUAUUGGUCUGGGUACGACGGAGCUAUUCACGAGCUUCCGCCUGGAGGGGAAUCGUACACGGGGUAUUCCAUCUGGGAUACGUAUCGCGCAGCAUGGAGCUGGCAGAUCCUCUUCGUCCCCGAACGCAUCCCUGGGAUGGUACAAAGCAUGCUCGCCGACUACCAGCAGAGUGGUUGGCUGCCGAUGUGGAAGAACAUCGUCGAGACGAACAUCAUGAUCGCAACACACGCAGACUCGCUUAUUGCAGAAGCAGUCCUAAAGAAGAUACCCGGGUUCAAUCGGGAGCUUGCCUGGGAAGCGGUGUGGAAGGACUGUACUGUUCCUCCUGUUAACGAUGCUACCACUCGAUACGAUGAUCGUGAAGAGUUCGUCGAUUACGAAGCGAGAGCGGGUUUGACAUCCGUGUACAACGUCCCCGGCAAGGGAUGGGUAGCUGAUGACACCCACUCCGAAAGCGCUUCUCGAACAUUAGGAUACGCAUACGACGACUACGCCGCCUACGUCCUCGCCCGCGAACUCGGGAAACCUCAAAACGUGACUGACUUCCUCCUGAAGAGGGCGAUGAAUGCGCCGUUUACGCUGUAUAAUGAUGAGACUGGGUUUAUGGAAGCUAGGAAUGCGGAUGGGUCGUGGGCUGGUGAGGAUCGUGGUUGGACUGAAGGCGACAAAUGGGCGUACACUUUCGACGUCGUACAUAACAUCCCAGAGUUGAUCAACCGACGAGGAGGGCGUCUGGCAUUCGUGAAGAGCCUCGAAGAGCAUUUUGAGGGUGGGCAUAAUGAUCAUACUAAUGAGCCCUCGCAUCACAUACCCUACCUCUACGCCCUCGCCGGCGCGGCAUUCCGAACUCAAGAACUCGUACGGGAGAUCGCAAAGGAGAAUUACAACAACAAGGCGGACGGUUUGACAGGGAACGAAGAUUGCGGACAAAUGAGCGCCUGGUUCAUCUUUAGCGCUAUGGGCUUUUACCCCGUCAACCCCGUCUCGGGGGAGUACGUUAUCGGUUCGCCGUUCUUUGAGGAGAUUAGGCUCGACUUGCCGUCUCCCACCGACCCCACCUUCACAGCUCGCAAGUCGACCGAACGGGACAAUAACAUCCAAAUUACCAUCCGCGCACCCGGCGCCCGCACCAAACCCUACAUCAAAUCCCUCAAGAUCAACGGUGUGGAUUGGAAGGAGCCUGUCAUACGCCAUACGGAUCUCGUCGAUACUCAGACCGGAAAAGUGGAUGUGGUGUUUGAGAUGAGUGAGAAUGUGGAGGAGUGGGGGAACGAUCCGGUGGUACUUCGUGCUUUGCGAGGGGGGGUGGGUUCGGCGAACCGUGCUGGUCGCGAGCUGGACAAGAUGGAGCUGAAAGACUGGCAAGAAACGAAGGAAAUUGAAGAAUCGUCGGGGUCGACGGAGGAAUCGCAAUGUUCGUCGUCCUCGCGGGGUAAAUCACCUACGAUCUUCCCCUUCGCGAGACAGAUGAAGGUGGGAAGCCGCGAGAGUCGUACUGGCUGGGAAAGCUGUCGAAAGGGGGCGGUGUCCCAAAGGCGCGAGUUCGUCACAGAGAUCGGCAACUCGAGUUCUCCGUCUGGGAGAAGGUUGGACUGGCAACUGGGCAGAGAGUUCAUCCUGAGCUUCUCGGCCGAGUGGGCUGUGGCUGUGUGCCUCGCUGCCCCAGGUCAGAAGGGGGGAUCGUCGGCUUCCUCGGGAGGCGUCCUCCGGGAGGGCCUCGAAGCGGAACCCUGA